GUUCAGGUGACCGUAAGAGGGGGCUUGUUUAGCUUCUUCUUUUUUUUACAUUUUUAUCUAGCUGUACCAUGAGUGUACUCGUUGGUUGCCGGGACCUUGUGUUCUAUUAAUUAGUAAUUCCAUUUUCUCUCGAACCUGCGAAAACUUAGGGAGUAUGGCCACGAGAUCCUUGUGGCGCACCCGAGGGAAGCUCGCGGUGGCAGCCAGCGUGGCCUCUUCCGAGGAUCCAGAGACUGCUCUGAAGCUCUGCACCGCCGUUCCUGUCCGCCUCUAUCUCGACACCAUCACUGCCCAAACCCCCUCUAUUGCCUUUGGUACUGCCACUGCAGAUCGUCCCACUGUGGAAUUGAUUGUGAAUACCCUACAUAGGGUUUUCCCUUCUUUUUUGCUUACAGAUGGGUUGGUUGAUGAAAUUAGUGAAAGUUUGCCCAGGGCAAGUAGAGUCAACAUCCGGAUGGGCAUCGUGGUGGGGAUGGUGGGCUGUCCAAGUUGCAGUAGCAACCAUUGCAUUUCAUUAAUGGGGAAGACAUAAAUGGUACGGUUGGUGUUGUUUGGUGCUGGGCUAUUCACACCCGUUACUUCUUCGGCGCACAUAAAUGUUUCUCGUCUAAUUUCUCGCGAGGAGGUGGGAAUAUACUCGCCUUUUGCCAUUUUAUAGUAAACAGCAACUAUAUAAUAUAUAUUAUGUAGUUGUAAGUUUUCGUGGGUAGGUAAUUAAUACAAGAAUUUAGUCUGGGAUUCAUCGAUGAAAAUCCUAUCAUCAUGAACGCAUCAUCAAUGAUUUUAUUUUGACAGUAAAGGGAAUGAACAGAGCUCGCAAAAUUGGAGGGAAGAAAUCAAUGAAGAGAGAGACACUUGCCACUGUUUCGGAACAAGUACGUGAUGGACCUGUACACCUCUUUUAAUGAGGAGGGUUCAGGCAAUUGGGCAAUAAAAGCCGCAGACAUAUUGUUGCGAGGGUACUAUGGAUGGAACUCGCGGCGUGCUAUCCAGGUUCUCGAUCAAGUUUUUCCAAAGGAAGCUCCUGUGCAACCAUCUCUGGUGAUAGUUUAUUUUGGUGGUAAUGAUUCGAUGGGGCCUCACUCGUCUGGCCUGGGCCCUCAUGUACCACUUAAUGAAUACAUCGAGAACAUGAGAAAGAUUGCAAUUCAUCUCAAGAGCCUUUCAGAUACAACACGCAUCAUUUUUCUGAGUUGUCCUCCUGUUGAUGAGACCAGAGUUGGUUCAGGCUUAAGUGGAAUUUUCAGUGAAUUGAUACGAACAAAUGAGUUGUGCCAAAAUUAUUCCAAUGCUUGCAUAAAACUAUGCCAGGAAAUGGGCGUGGAGGUUGUUGAUCUUUUCUCUGCCUUUCAAAAAAGAGAUGAUUGGACAAAAGCUUGCUUUACAGAUGGCGUUCAUUUAUCUGCAGAGGGAAGCAAAAUAGUUGUGGAGGAGAUCUUGAAGGUGCUGAGGGAAGCUGAGUGGGUUCCAUCUCUUCAUUGGAAGUCCAUGCCCACUGAAUUUUCAGAGGAUUCACCUUACUAUCUUGUUACUGCUGAUGGGAAACGAACUCUAAACCCCUCUGAGUGGACUUUUCACAGGGAGGUUCAGUGGGACUAGUUUGCAAAGCUAUCUUCACUCCUCUUUUAAAUGCCAGAGCCGCAACUACAAAUCGAAGAAAACAAGCUUCUCCUACCAGAGCCCGUGCAAAAAAUAAUUAGCCUAGAGUGAGAUAAUUAUAGCACAGCUCCCUCUUGUCAACUGAUGUUGAACUCCAUUUAUUUUUAAUCGAAUUGUUCCUUGUAUA